CUUCAUAGAACUCUCAUCGAUCAACUAUAAAUAGGAGCUCUUCCUGUUUCUCAUUACACGCACUUGGCUAUCAACUUUUUCAUUAAGAAUACAUCUAUCUUAAAGCUCCCCUUUCCUAUACACAUGGCUCUCUCUAAGCUUCUAGUUGCUUCCCUUCUUGCAUCACUUCUCCUUCUUCAUCUUGUAGAUGCUUAUCAACCGGCAUUCGCGCCAACUCAGGGUACUGUGCUUCAGCAGAUAGAUUGCAAUGGAGCAUGUGCUGCGAGGUGCCGUUUAUCAUCUCGUCCAAAUCUAUGCCACAGAGCAUGUGGGAGUUGUUGUAGAAGAUGCAAUUGCGUACCACCAGGCACUGCUGGAAACGAAGAUGUGUGUCCCUGCUAUGCCAACUUGACUACACAUGGUGGUCAACACAAGUGCCCUUAGGCUUGCGCAUGACAUUGUAUUAUAUUAAUACCAUUGGUUUGCAGUCAGCAUAAAAUGUUGGUCAAUGUGCUCUGAAGAAUAACGUCAUCGGAAAUAAAGCCCGUUUUCAAUACGUGUUGAAUAAUUGGGUGAAAAUUUGGGAUGUAUAUUUUCAAAAUUAUAUAUUGUCAAGUUGUGAUUCCUUUCUUUUUUUAUAUUGUAUUUACAUUGGUUGUACCUCGUAUAUCACUUAUAUCAAUAAGAAUUU